CAUACGAGAAGUUUGUCGACGUGAAGGAGGGAGGGGUGGUGGACGAAGAAGCUCAGGAGCUUCUCAGAAACUUUUUGAACUCUCUGCCCCCCACUGCAAUCAAGUUUGACUACCUUGUGCAAACCUUCGACAAGACUUGCGGCCUGAACCCUCAGCACAAUGAGGAGCACGCGAGUUACCUAGCGAGGAUGUGUGACGACCUGUGUCGGCAUGUGAGCAUUGCUGUGCAAGAGAGCGCUAAGAUGAGAGCUGCGAACUGCGACGAUGUGGAGGUGGAGGUGAAAAGCCACGUGGAGUUUGCCAUGAAGGAGGCGGAAAAGUUCUGCUCUUCCCAAGAGGCAGAGGCGGUGAUGGAAAACGUCCGCCUCUACCUCCGUGACGAGUCUCGCAGCAGCAUGCACGUCCUUGGCCGCGCGGGGUCCGGCAAGACAAGCUUAAUGUGCAAGCUGGUGAAGGAUGUGAUGUGGGAGCAGGAGAAGGGUUGUGUUCUCGUCCGCAUCGUUGGGGCGUCAAAGCGUUCGAAGACGAGGGUCGGGCUGUUGCGGAGCAUCUGUGAACAGCUACGGAGGGCGUACGGGAAGGAGGAGGAGGACGGGGACAUCUCUGUGCUGCCCCUGCGCGACAUUGUCUCCUACUUCCGUCGAGCAGUGAGCGAGUGGCCCAGCUCGCAUCUCCCGCUCAUCUUGUUCAUCGACGGGGUGGACGAACUGGAGGAGAGCUACUCCAAGUCCUACCUCGACUGGCUCCCGACCGCUGCACUCCCUCCC